AUGUCGUGGAAUACAUUGACUGCAAAGCUCAAGAACACGCGACUCGAUAAAGACCCCGUCAAGUCUCUACCCAGCGCGUCCACGCCUGUCCCCUCACAGCAACAGCAACAACUACAACAGCAGCAGCAACAAGCGGGCUCACAGACAAUUGCGUCUAGUACCAUCAAACCAGGUUUGCUGACCAUUAGCGUCUCUGAAGCCAAAGGAUUGCGCCUCCCACCUGGUUGUACAGCACCCAAUGCACCAGCAGUCAAUAGACAUGCGCGGACAGACUCGACGCGCGCAAGUCGAUCGAAUGCGUGGUGGCUGCCCUACUUGCUUGUUGAGUGUGAUAAGAAUGAAGUGUUGAUUGAUGCGCUGAGUGUGGGCUCCACUUUGGAGAACCCAAGAUGGGAUUACAAGACGACGUUUGAUAUCUCGCGGUACAGUCAACUGACGUUUGGCAUCUACCUCAGACAAACGAGGACAACAGGUCGUGAUCAGAACAAUGCCGAUAUAUUCCUUGGUGGCGCCAAAGUCGUCCCGACGUUUGUCGAUGGCAAAACAACGCAGGAAUGGCAUGCGCUCUCCGGAGGCUCUGGACAGAUUCAAGCGAGCGUGCACUACCAGUCCAAUCAAAAGGGUAACUUGAGCAUCGAUGCCUUUGAUCUCCUCAAAGUUGUCGGCAAAGGCUCCUUUGGCAAAGUCAUGCAGGUGCGUAAAAAGGAUACCUGUCGCAUCUAUGCCCUCAAAACUAUUCGCAAGCUGCACAUUGUUUCUCGCAGCGAGGUGAAUCAUACCUUGGCAGAACGCACCGUCCUUGCACAAAUCAACAACCCCUUCAUUGUGCCCCUCAAAUUCUCCUUUCAAAGUCCAGAAAAGCUGUACCUCGUUCUUGCCUUUGUCAAUGGCGGCGAACUCUUCCACCACCUGCAGCGCGAGGGCAAGUUUUCCGUUUGGCGAAGCAAAUUUUAUGCAGCAGAGCUCUUGUGUGCGUUGGAGUGCCUGCAUGGCUUCAAUGUCAUCUAUCGGGAUCUCAAACCUGAGAAUAUCCUGCUCGAUUAUACGGGACACAUUGCACUCUGCGAUUUCGGACUGUGCAAGCUCAACAUGGCUGAACAGGACAAGACCAAUACUUUUUGCGGUACGCCAGAAUACCUCGCACCUGAACUUUUGUUGGGUCAAGGCUACACCAAAGCAGUGGAUUGGUGGACACUCGGUGUCUUGCUGUAUGAGAUGAUGACGGGUUUGCCUCCCUUUUAUGAUGAGAAUGUGCAAGAAAUGUAUCGCAAGAUCCUCGAAGACCCUUUACGCUUCCCAGAGGACAUUGACAAGGAUGCAAGACCGCUCUUGACUGGCUUACUGAUGCGUGAUCCUGCGCGUCGUAUGGGUACACAAGGACCAGCAGAGAUCAAGGCGCAUGCAUUCUUCAAGGACAUUGAUUGGCGAAAGCUCAUGGCAAAGAAGUAUCAGCCGCCAUUCAAGCCCAGUGUUGAGAGUGCCGUGGAUACGAGCAAUUUUGACCAGGAAUUCACGAGUGAGGAACCCAUGGACUCUGUGGUGGCAGAUUCCCACCUCUCGGAAACGGUGCAACGCAAGUUUGAGAAUUGGUCGUAUAAUCCAGCGAGCACCAUGCAUCCAGGUGGCUCAUCUGGUAUGGAUCGUGGCAUGGCGCCAGGUUCCUUUAUGGGAUAA